AUGCGCCUGGCGCAGUUAAAGAUUCGGAGAAAGAAGAAUGUCAAGAAGGGGAUUCAGUUUUGCUUGAUGGUGUGCGGUGCAAGUGGAACUGGCCGAACCACCUUUGUCAACACCCUCUGUGGCAAGCGAGUCCUUAUGCCCAAAGAUGCCGACGAUGCAGCCAACGCCCACCUGGAGGAAGGAGUGAGAAUCAAGCCGGUUACCGUUGAGCUGGAACUGGAUGAGGAGGGUACACGCGUAUCUCUUACCAUCGUCGACACCCCGGGCUUUGGUGACCAGAUCGAUAACGAAUCCGCAUUUGGCGAAAUUGUUGGGUACUUGGAGCGACAGUACGACGAUAUCUUGGCCGAGGAGUCUCGUAUCAAGAGAAAUCCCCGGUUCCGAGACAAUCGCGUGCACGCUCUACUCUACUUCAUCACCCCAACUGGUCAUGGUCUGCGCGAGCUUGACAUUGAGUUGAUGAAGCGUCUCUCUCCCCGCGUCAACGUCAUCCCCGUCAUUGGAAAAGCUGAUUCGUUGACCCCUGCUGAAUUGGCCGAGUCCAAGAAGUUGGUCAUGGAAGACAUUGAACACUACCGAAUCCCCGUCUACAACUUCCCCUACGACAUUGAAGAGGACGACGAGGACACAGUGGAGGAAAACGCAGAGCUACGUGGCUUGAUGCCGUUUGCCAUUGUCGGGUCAGAAGAUGUGAUUGAGAUUGGAGGACGUCGGGUUCGUGCACGACAGUAUCCAUGGGGGAUUGUGGAAGUCGACAACCCGCGCCACUCGGAUUUCUUGGCCAUUCGCAGCGCCCUCUUGCAUUCGCACCUUGCCGAUCUCAAAGAGAUCACCCACGACUUUCUGUACGAAAACUAUCGAACGGAGAAACUCAGCAAGAGCGUGGACGGUGGUGUCUCAGCGCAAGAUUCGUCGAUCAACCCUGAAGACCUGGCCAGCCAGUCGGUCCGCCUCAAGGAAGAACAACUCCGACGUGAGGAGGAGAAGCUGCGGGAGAUUGAGGUUAAGGUUCAGCGAGAGAUCAAUGAGAAACGACAAGAGUUGCUGGCACGGGAGAGUCAACUGCGAGAGAUAGAGGCUCGUAUGCAGCGUGAGCAGAGCCAGGGCAUGGAUGACCUGAAUGGUCACGGGCACCAAGAUGCAUAG